AUGAAUCUCUGGCGUUAGAGCAGUAGAUCAGUGGUAAAUUUUGCUGCGGAGUUACUGUUGAGAAACGACAAUAACAUAGUAAAGAGUGCUAUUCAAGAAGUUUCCGAAGGUUAAUAUCGGUUAUAUUUCUUCAUACUUUAGUGUUUGCAUGUGCAUUAGUUGCUGUGCAAAAUCUAAACAUCCACUGUCCGCGAACCCAUGCCGCAGGAGGGAAGAAAUCACUUAAUGUGGGCAGUGGUUAGACGACGACGCUUCUUGGUGUUAUAGUAUUGUAAUGUGUGCUUUAGUAUUGGAAAUUGAAAGGACUGUCGAAAAUAUUGCAAGAUCAAAAGCCACUCCUUCAUGUGUUUGAACACGUGCACUUAAUUGGCAGUGAAAGCUUGUUGGUAAGUCUCAAUUUGAAAGCUUUAUUUUCAAAUUACGUAAAGUCUCACUGUGAAAGACAUGAAACUUAAUGAUGUAGCAAUUAGGGUAGCAGGUAAAAACAGCUCGUGGCAGACAGGGAAGAACCGGCAACAAAACAAUGUGUUAAAUAUUCUUACAUAUAACUGCAAUGACUAUAUUUGGGGCACUGGAAGAGUUGGUGUGCAAUGCGAGCAUUGCCACGCCUGCUUCCACAACGUAUGCCUGCGCUUCGCCAGCAACCAUGUGUGCCAACGAAACAACGAGAUCUUGCCGCCCAUCACUCAUCACAAGGAGAAGCCCAUCAGCGAAUGGACGUCCGCCAAUGUCGUGGAGUGGAUGGCAGCUCUCAAUUUGUACCGCUAUGCCGGCGUGUUCAAAUCGAAAGAUAUCAAAGGCUCUGAUCUCAUUCUCUUGGAUCGUGAGAAGCUGAUGAAUAUGGGCAUAAAGGACGAAUUCCAUCAAAAGGCUAUACUGGUGUGUAUUGAUGAACUGUGCCGGUCGCAAGAACAGGAACCUACUGUGGCCGAAGAAGAGCGUGGUGGCACUCCUCACAGACUGCGGGAACACAGCUUCUCUAGCCUGGAACGCUGUGACAAAUGCAAUCGUUACCUUCGUGGGCUGGUGCACCAGGGUCUCCUGUGCCAGGACUGUGGAUUUGUUGCUCAUCGCACAUGCCGAGCCACUGGAUUGGGCUCGUGUCUAUCCGCUUCACCCGCAUCGUCUUCUGCAUCGAGACCUCGCUUCUGUUCAUUGUUCGGUGUGCCUCUUUGUGUUUCUGAACGACCUGGUCCCCCUGCAGUCGUCGUGAAAUGUGUUGAUGAACUAGAACGCCGAGCGCGCCUCGUCUACAAUUUGGACCUGUACAAAAUGUACCGUUCAUCACCCAGUGCUGAUAGGGUUGCUGAACUACGACAAAAGAUUGAUGACGAUAUCCAUGGUGUGGAUUGGUCAUCGUAUGAACCAAACUGUAUUGCAAGCAUCUUGAAAAAGUUUCUUAGAGAACUUCCAGAUCCUAUUAUACCUGUCCAGUGGUAUGACAGAUUUCUGGAAGCAUCCCGAAUCAGGAGUGAUGAACAGUGUGCUGCAACUCUUUGUCACCUUGCAGCUGAACUACCAGAACAUCACAAGGCAACUUUAAAUUUCCUAAUGGCACAUUUCUGUAGACUCUGUCAAAUGCAGCAUGCAAGAGGAUUCAGGGAGCCACCUACAGUGUUAAUUCAGGUCUUGUGUCAUAUCUUCUUGCGUCCGCCGUGGGAAAGGAUAAUACAAGUUGUUUACAACACAGAGUCUCAUAUACGUAUUAUGGAACUGUUACUGCUAAACGGGAAAUGGGGGGAGAAACUGCCAGAAUUUGCAUCUGCACCAACACUCCCUCCAAGGAAGGUUUCAAGACCCCAUCUUCCAGCUGUGGAACUGGAGACAGAGAAGGAGAAAACUGUAUCAGAUUCUCCUCCCAGCCUCCAAGAAGCGGAAUGGUACUGGGGUGAUAUUACAAGGGAGGAGGUGAAUGAAAUACUCAAGGAUACACCCGAUGGGACAUUUCUUGUACGAAAUGCGUCCAGCAAAGGUGGUGAAUACACUCUGACAUUGCGGAAGGAUGGUACGAGCAAGUUGAUUAAAAUCAGCCAUCGAAAUGGAAAAUAUGGUUUCUCAGAGCCUUUCAAAUUUUCCUCUGUUGUGGAAUUGGUUAAUUUUUAUCGGAAUGUUUCUCUUGCUCAAUAUAAUGCCACACUAGACAUUAAGUUGCAGUAUCCUGCCUCCAAAUUCCAGCAGGAAGAUGAAAUAUCAAGUACAACUGAUGUUCAGAAGGUGGCUCAGAAACUGAGGGAAAUAUACAGGGAAUAUUCUGUGACAACGAAAACAUAUGAAGUUCUUUCAGAUGACUUCAUUCGAACAAAUCAGGAAAUACAGUUAAAAGUACAAGCUCAGGAAGCAUUUGUGGAAGCUAUAUCAAUGUUUGAAGAACAGAUUAAACUGCAAGAAAGAUUCCAAAAAGAAGCGCAACCUCAUGAAAUUAAGUCUCUUCUUGCAAAUUCCGAAAUUUUAAAACAGAGAUUAAAGUCACUCAUAGAGAGUAAGAAACAACUUGAUGACAAUAUGAAGCAACAAGUUGCUUAUAGUCGCACCUUGGACAGGGAGAUGAAUUCUCUGAAAGCUGAAAUAAUUCAGCUUCGUAGGCAGGAACAACGUCACUUGAAGUGGCUAAAUGCCCAUGGAGUUAAGCCCCACCAGAUAAAAAAUAUAUUAUCAGAUGAAGCUGGAACAUCGUCAGGACUAGGGCAGAUCGAGAUAGAUGGUGAUCUUGAGUCUCUGCCUCAUCAAGAUGAGAGUACCUGGCUUUUGCGUGACUGUUCGCGUGAUGAUGCAGAGCAGCUGUUGAAAGGGCGGCCAGAUGGAACGUUCCUUGUUCGACCGAGCCGCACAGGGCAGUAUGCCCUUUCCAUAACGUGCAAAGGCACAACAAAUCACUGCAUAAUUUAUAAGACUGAGCGUGGGUACGGAUUUGCUGAACCGUACAACAUUUACGAAUCGCUGAAACUAUUGGUGCUCCAUUAUGCUCAGAACUCUUUAGAGGAGCACAAUGAUGCUCUGAAGACAACAUUAGCCUACCCUGUGUUUGCCUCUGGACCCACUCAACCAAACCAGACGGCUUCGGAAAACAGCAGCUCGAGUUCUGGUUAUGUAUAUUCACAGCCACGAUGAGAAUUCAGACUGUUCCAUGACACUGCUGACUGUGAUAUGAACUAUGUGCCAGAAAAUAUGUCAAUGUACAAAAAGGAAAAAAGCCGUACAUGCAUCGGCAAAUAUAAAUAUGAAGAAUUGUUGUUUUGUGUUACCAAAAUAGGUAUGUGUGGAAGUGACUGACUGAAGAAGCAUGAUGUGUGUACUUGGUACUUUUAAAAUGUCAGUUUCCAGAAGACAAAACGGGAAACAUUGCUUUCAGUAAUUACAUGUGCUGUGUUUCUUGUGACUCCAUUCUUUACCUUUGAGACUGAUAAAUGGACAUUCCUGUGUACAGAUUUUACUCUAGGAUUGUACCGGACAUUUAUAGCCAUACUUUGUGAUGUUUUUGUACAAGAUUAGUAUUUUAAAUAUUUAUUUACUAUCGAUUUGGGGUCUAUUGAAGUAAGUGUAUUUUGGCAGUGAUCUUGUGAAUGAUAACCAAAGAAAUGUGUGUAUGCUAUUGAAAAUAUUGGCAAGGACUUGCAGAUUCUGUAUGUAAGAGUUGGCAAAAUUUGAUGAAAAAUCUUUAGGCUUUGUCUCAUAUUUAAACACAUUUCUGUAUAUCAUGCUACCUUAACAGAAAAGAAAUGUGUUUUAUAGUUAUUCUGUAAGAGGUUGUGUGUUGUGACUAUUAACAGGAAACUGAAGAAUGAAAAGAGUCAAAUUCUGUAUUUCCAGUGAUGCAAAGUAUGAAAUUGGCUAUGUGCUUUAAAGCUUUUAUGAAUGGUUUAAAGCUGUGCUCCAUAAAUCUGCCAGACCUCAUUAAGAUGUAAUUUAAAUUUGUGAUGUCUUAGAACCAGAGCUUACUGUAAUAUAUUCAUCAUCCAUAACUGUCACUCGUCAUACUGAAACAAACAUCACAAUUGCUUUGUAAAUGAAACUUGGUCAAUAGAGUGAAAUAUUUUGUUCUAUCAUUUAAGAGUUUAGAGUGAUUGGUGUCCACAUUUUCAGCAACCUGAGUUGAUCCUGCUCUAUGUAAGUACAGGCCACUGCAAUAUAAGCAUUUUUUCCAAUUUUUGGCUGAGAGAGGAGAGAUCAUUAUAAACUAAUUGGUUGUAGCGAACAUAGCCAGAGAAAACCAAAUAAUGCUUUAAAACCAUAUGCUUAUGUGAUGCACAGUAUAAAUUUAUACAGGGCUGAUAGGUGAGCCAAAACUUUGAGAUGAUUCUAUAAUACCCAUAAAGGACCUAUAAAACCAUGAAGAUACUACAUUAAGGAUGGUGAAUAAACCAGAUUUCAGUUUGUUUUAGUAUGAAUGUGCAGAAAUAUCAUUUGGUACAUCAUAAUUUGGUUGUUGCCAGAUUGUACAUUAAAGAACUUUGGUGCUUUUUUGUUAAAAAAAAAAAGAAACCAUAAAAAUAUCAGAUGUUUCCAAAUUAUUAAAAUCUUAAUGUCAAUAUAUGGUAUUGUCCACUAAGUGUGAGAUAUUUGUUAUUUUGUCUUCCUGUUGCACCCAUUCACAAUACUCACAGUAAUUAUUGUGAUUCUAAUAAUCUGAUGAAAUGUAAAUGAUUUAAGUAUACCUAAAUUUGCAUUCUUGCUGCACAUCAUCCACAGCUGGUCUCCAUUCCAGUUCAGUAUCUUUUAAUUCUUCCAUAAAUUAUAGUGGAAUAGUUCCUCUAUAAUCAUUUAUGCUUUAUAUUCUACAAUAUUUUUCUUACAUUUUUUUCAUUUCUUAUUUCCCAUUCUGUUGGUGGUGCAAACAAUUAAAGUUUUCUCUGUUUUUGAUGUCUCAACCAGAUCACUAACUGUUCAGGCAUUAGAGUACCCACCAUGGGAAUGUUACUAUGUUUCACAGUUCAAUUAAAAUAGCUGUGAAGAAAUAACAACUGACAUUUGUUUUCUUUUAUUUCUUCUACAUAUUACACAUACUAAAUAUUACUGAUAUUUCACAUUGCCUGAAAACACCACCACCACCACCACCACCACCACCCACCCACCCCAACUGCGCCUCUUUAGUACAUAACAGAGAAAAUAAAAGUAUAAUAAUAAGUCGUAUUAUUAUGUUGUCUGACUGUCAUAUAUGCUGUUACUCUACACUUAUAUUCAAUCUAAUGCCAGACUGCAGAAAGUGAGUUAUAUUCUACAAAUUAUACACUGACAGAGAACAGUAGGGAAAAAACGGGACAAAUUUUGGUACAAUGUUGAUUUCAGUUUGGUACUGAGCAAAGUAUGUUUUAAAGAUAAAGUUUUGUGUGUUGAUAUGUGUGUACUGGUAAAAUAUUAUCUUGUGGUGACACUGACACCAUUUACAAUCGGCACAUGAAGUAUUUUCAAAUUUAGAAACAUCUUAAAAGAAGCACAGGUGUGGAGUAUAGUGUUCUUUAUUAUUUACACUAAAGGAAUUUCAAGAUAAAAUAAUGCAACCUAUUGAAGAGGGCACGUAUUUUUAUUCAUGAAUCACCAGUAUUCAGAGUUUCUAACCUUUAAAUGAGCUCUCGGUAACUGUUGGCUUCAGUCAUUGCCAUUUAACAUUGCUUGUGCGAGACAUCGUCAUUUGAUUGCCAGUCAGGUUGUCUCAUAUGUAAGGGAUAAUCAUAUCUUCUGUAUAAGUUUUAUUGUGUCUCAUUCCUUUCUCAGAUAGUUUGUGGGGAAAAUAUAUGUAUGGUACAGUGCAUAACAUACCAUAAGUUCCUUAGUUUUUAAUUUUACCAUUAUCAUACAGGCAAGCAUGAGGUACUCCUGCAUUGUUCAGAUUAAUGAAUGGUUUUAUUGUGUCAACACUUCAUUAUAAACAAUUAUGUUGUUUGUCACAAAUUAUUAAGACCGCUGACACCAAGUUGCUUAUUGGUUUCUACUGGUUGUCAUUCAUGUUUAAUGAAAUUUGCUAUACAGGAUUUCUUUAAAACUUCCUUUUGAUUACUAUAUUACAAUACAGAAUUAUAUUAAAAAAACUUAUGACAGAACAUUGCAGUGGAUGGGGUUUGAAGUUAUAUGUAUAGACUGGUCCAAUACUCCAAUUUAUUCUCAGCACCCUGAAUAUUUCUCCCAAACUUGUUGAACCGACCAUUAUGGCAACAUUUUGUUAUCUUGUUACAAUUGGGUUUAUGAUGUUUACCUCUAUCAUUUGCCCGCCUGUUGUCAGUAAUAAUAAUCUCGGCCACCCAUACUGAGCAAUAAGAAAUUAUUUUUUAUUUGAAGUAGAUUGACUGUUGUCCUAGUAAUGCAUUCUAUCUCUCACAGUUGCAUAAACUUUAAACUAAUACUCCUACACCUACCUGGUGUGCUCAAGUAGUGGAGUUGAAUUGAGAAUGAGAUCUGUCAAAACACACACUAAAAUGUUUCUUAUGAGAGUGCAUCACUUUUUCUCAUGUAAAACAUUCUUCAAUAAUUUUGUGUGGUGUUACCGGGGCAGUUCCAUUGACAUAAUAUAAUACUGACUCUAAAUUGUGAGGGUAUCUAUGCACAUAUCAUAUACAUGUGUGGUUUUGUGCAUUUAAUAAACAUUUCCCUGGACUCUAAAACCAUCUUGUUACUAUAACUGGAAGGACUAACUUUAAACAUGAAAUUUCUGGUGCAAUUUGGUACACUGUAGGAGACAAUGUUGACUGUAUUCACCACAAAAUCUAAAUAAAAUUGUGGGAAAUGUAAGAACAUAAAUUAGGUGCUUUCUUAAAUUUUAGCACAUACAAUACAGUUAAAAUUAUGUACUCUUUGGAAAACACUAUGACUGGUCAUUGAAGACCAAUAUGGCAAAAAGAAUGAGUGAGGUGUGGAUUGGUGGGGGGGGGGGGGGGGGGGGGUGCUGACAGUUUUAGAUAUCACAGUCUUCAUUCCAAUUUUUGUGCUCAAUAUGCAUUGCAGACUUACGGUGACAUUGGUAAAAGAUGCCAUGCACUGAGAGCAGACUAGAGGUAAAUAUAGGAAGCACAAAUGAAAUGUAAUAAGCACAGAACAGAAAACUAGGAAAUAAAAUACCAGGGAAAAAAACCCACAGACAUUGAAGUUAAAGAUAGAAAACCAAAUGAUGUUUGGUUUUGUGUGGACAAUGAGCGCCAUAUUUGUUGAAGAUGUGAAAGAAUGAAAGUAACUGCACUUGCUCCCACUUUGUCAUAAUGGGUAGUGGCGGUCAUUGUGGGGAUUGAAAAUAAACUCUCUUGUACUACCGAUACUGUUGGGGUGUAACUGUGUGAUCAGCUCACAAAAUAAUUUAGUAACCUUAUCCAAAUUGCUUAACUGGUCAGUGGACAGUGCAUCUUUCAUACUGGGCAUGCAGGACUAAUUAUGAGAAGAAAGUUACAUAACACUUCUCCCUCCCAUCUGAAUAUACCAAUAUUACAAAAUCAAUUUCAUAAUCAUUGCUUGGCUCAAUUGGUGUGUUCACUGACAGUCUCAAUCUUACCCGUUUUAGAUGUUCUGUACUGUACAGAAAUCAUACCCACACGGGAUAACGGGUGAAAAUAAGAUUCUGAGGUAUUUAGGCAAUUUCCAUGUCUCGAUCUGUAGACUGCUGUUAAUUAAUCUUUUGUAUUAAUUGUACCAAGUGAAAAUAUUUUAUAACCUGUUUCAUAAAUAUCAGGCAGUGGAGCAAAUUGAAAUCACAGUAAAAAUGUAUUUUCAGAGCUUCUUGCUGUAUGUACGAAAUGUUAAUUUUAUUUUUGUGCUGUGGCAGCCAUGUAUGUGUUGGUCAUUCAGCUGCAGACUUACAACGGUGUAACAGCUACAGUUUAUAGCAAGCACUAGUUAUAGUACAUAUUUUAAUUGGAUGUCCACACAAUAUGCAAAAUGUGUGCACAACAAUAUUUGGUGCUGUGCAGAUCUUGCCCAUCCUGUAUGCAAAUCACGCUACCAUCUGUUGACAACUGUAUGGAACUUCUGAUGACAAAAGGCAAAUGCAACAACUAGCUGAUGAUUUCAUGUGGAUGAAAUUACAUUAUACUGCAUAAAAUUUGCAGCAUCAAUUUAAAAAGUUACCAAAAAAAAUCAGUAUAGUAUAUUUUGAUCUGACCUAGUAGUUUGCACACACUAAUAUACAAUUAAAAACCCUCACUUAGUACUUUUUGCACAUUGUGUAUGAGUAAGUAAUACACAAAUUUCCUAAGUGCUCAAGCCAGUGGUGGCAUUCAAUUGGCUAGCUUUAAAAAAUACAAGUAUUAUUAAUAGAAAGUUUUUAGAAGAACUAAUAAGAAACAUACAAUAACAUUGGCCUGUAGACUGAAUCCUACCGCUUUUCUUUUUUUUUUUUUUCAGAAUGUACGAAAUAGAUUUAUGAUAUAAAUAAAAACUGACAUGAAAGUAAAGUUUUUUCCUCAAAAUAUUUAUCAGUAAUGAUACGUAUGUGGGCAGUCAAGUGUUAGACAUUUCGUUUUCAAACAGAAUACUACUGUGUCAGGUUAGGCUUCAUUCUUAUAUCUUGAAGUGUGUUUUAAUUUGUAGAUCUUCCAUCUUCUUAAUUUUAUUGUUGUGAAGUAGUUAUGUAUUGUGAUUCCUCAAACUUUAUAGUAUACUUAGCAUGGUAAUCUGUUUCACACAUGGAUGGUGGCACAAGCUCUCAAAGACUAACACACCACCAGUAGGUAAAUAAUGGAAAACAUUGUCUUAUGGUGUUUUAGGAAGGAAUAGUGAAGCCCAGAUAAAUUGAUUGGAAGUAAUAUGACAAAAUUAUGAACUGUUGUUAUGUAACUGUUAAUGGAAAUGGGGGAGUUUGACAACCUGUGUGGAAAAUGAUGGAUAUUUUCAUUAAUGUGUGCAAGAUAAUGUGUUUUAUCCUAUAGUGAGGUGUGAAGGCCUUUUUAAUAAUGAUACAUGAAACAGGUCAGAAAAUGUUAGAUGCUAUAAUGCAGCAGCCUCAUAAUAUGAGCAGCAAUCCGUGUCACUGAAGAUGGCUGAAAUCGUAGAAUUUAGAAACUUUGUUACUGUGGCCAAAUGGAUCUCCAUCCUAUAGCUGGGCAGGAAAUGUUCCUCAUAAUUACCUACAUACCAGGUUUUAAUCAGUUAAAUUAUCCAUUUCAUUCCUUUUUUAUCACUGCAGAAAUAUAUGCUACUUAUAAGUUAAUGUAAAAUAUCACUCAAAUUUCACUUUUUAAAAAUUUUCUCUUAACCUUGUGGUGUCAUCUGCUCUCUUUCCUAUAAACUAAAGUUAAAAUGUGUUUCAUUGCUGCUGUUCUAUUUCAGUUUAUUUUGUUUGUAAUCAGUUUUUAAAGAAAAGCUUCUCAUUUUUUGUGGACAGAAACUUAAAUCAUGUUCUUGUAAUGCAGAAUGACAGUCAUGUAACAUUCAUUACCUUCUACUGAGCUAAUCAUAUGUGGGAUUAUCAUCUUAGUAAAUAUACAGGGUUAAAAUAUUUUUAUAGCUUUCUUCUAAGAGAUUGAUGUUAACUGUAUGCUUAAUACAACAGCAAGACUUUGUAGCAAAUGUAAAAAGAGAUGUAGUCAGUUAAGACUUGUAAUGUCACAACUAUAACAGGAUGAAAUAAUGAGACUGCAAGUGUCCCUUUCCAUUGGCUGCACCAUCUCCAUCUAUUUUUGUACCCCAUAUGCUGUUGCUUAGUGUGUAGGAGGACAUUAGCUGAUGAAUUUUAAGUGGAAGAGACAGUGUGCCAUCAUUUCAGUGAAUUUCACAGUUUUCGUUUUUAGCAGAUGUACAGUGGCACUGGCAUUUCCAACGAACUGAAAUGAAAGUUUAUAUGAGGAUGGGGCACUAUUGUCUCCCAAGUAAUAGUAACCAAGAAGGAAAGUAAUUGAAAACAUGAGGUGGUGUCUAUUUUGCUUGAACAUUCGAAAUGUGCUAUUGUCAUUUGUGUAAUACUCUUGACAAGGAGUGGAUGAUAAUUGUUUGUAUCUUGGAUUUUUUAUGUAAUGCAGCAAAAUGUUUUUUUUAACGAUCUGCUAAAUCAUUUACAUUACCUAUACAUGUUUGGAAGUAUACAGUUUGUAAUUAGCAUUGUUUUCUGAUGCUUUGAUAGACGAUGUAAGAAAUAUCACCCAUAAGUGCUGCUCACAUUAGUAUAAACUGAAUGAGAAUUGCUUUGUGGGUCUCAAUAUGUAAUUAUAGUUCAAAAUGAAACAUCACAUAUUUUUUACUUUGCAAAAAAUGUUAAGAAAUUUAUUGACUAUUGAUCGCAAGCCCUUAGAACGCCAUAAAAUUUUUAUAUAGCAAGAAUUAUCUGACGAAAGGCAUCAUUUGAUGUUCUGUUUUGAACCAGUGCCUGAGUUAUUCAUAGAAUGUAAAAGUAAACUAGUUUAAUCAUGUGAAAGUUACUGGUGUUUGUAUGGGAGUACCAGUAACUGUUUAAUCUUCGUGUAACUCAGAUUUUGCACAUGUGAGGCUAUAUAAUCCUAGAGUCAAUUUUCAUAAAUGUACUGACCAUAAGUGAAAAACAUUUUUUCUUUUAAUAUUUCUACCUGUAAGAACAGUAAGUAUUUGGGAAGCAUUUUUAUACACAUUGUAACAGACAGCAGUAGAAUGUAAAACAUAGAGUAUACAUUAUAGCAUUAACUUUGAAACAUUUUGUACAAAUAUGAAAGUAUAUCAAAGGAUGUAACACGAAUGUAUUUUUCAUACAUGUGCUCCUUUAUUUCUUCACAUUUCAUUUCAAGAAAACCAUUGACCAAUGUGCAACGGUGGUAACACAUUUCCUACACCACAUGAAAUUUUGGCUUUCAUGUAUAUAUGUAAGUGAAUAUGAAGUAAAUGAUAAAUGUAGUCUGGACAUUGUGAAUAUGAUAAAUAAAAUCUCUGUAGGUUCAAGAAAUGUUGGACAUCGAAACUGCCUAAUUCUUCAGAUGAAAUAUAACUUAGUAAUCCAUGUCAAAUAUGAUAUUCAUACAGUGUGUAUCUGCAUUUGGAAACAUAAGACUUUGCAGAAGCUCUGUGUAUUUUGUGCUUCUGUUGUAGGGAACCACAGUAUUUUAUUUUAUUUGGCAUGCAGUCUUUUGAGAAUAUAUGUAUAAUCUUUUAUGCCAGAAAGAAAAUUGCCAACAAUGGAAAAUGUGCCUUGUUCUGUCAUGUUAAACCAUGAAGUCUGUGGUGAUUAUUGUGUGUACUUGCAGUUUACUCUGUGGUAUGUCUUUACUCAUUAUAAAAGCUCCUAAUUAAUGUGCACCAUACAUCGUACACUAGUAGCACUAAUGAACCCACCUUAUAAAGAAAAUUAAUUUCCCGUUCUCUUUUUCAACUAUUCCCCCUUUCCUCACCAUUGACGAAAUAGGCUAGUACCUUAAUUUACGAGGGCCUGUUAAAGAUAUGAUCCUGUCACAGGAUAUCUGUCAUGAUCAAUUGUUGAAUAUCUUUGGUUCACAACUGUCCUGUCCUUGCCUGAUAUCCCUUACAAUUUUAUAUCGUACAUCGUACGCAAAAAAUGUCUAAGUAAUGUAGUCUAGUCACAUUAUUAUUACUACUAUUUUAAAAGUGUUAUGCCACUGAAUUUCAUUCAUUUACUUUGUUUCCAGUGUGUGUGGCUUGUUACAUUUUUAAAUGUAUACAGUUGUUUUAUGUUUCUCAAUGGUCUCUGAUGCAGUUGUUAAGCAUUAAAACACAAGGGCUAUUCUCAUGCUCACAAAUGUAUGUCAUUCCAAAGCAAAGCUAUUUUUAGAAAUUUGUAUAUGUAUGUACUGAUAUGUAAAAUGCAAACAAGCAACAGAUCAUAAAUUACUCAUUUACACUGAGUUUUCAAAUACAACUGGAAAAAUGGGCCUUUACUUCUCAAUACUGUGCAUCUUAUUUGACAGUGAAGGAAAUAUUUUUAUUUUUUUAUAGUGAGAGAGGCAGAGGGGGGAGACAAUAGAUAACCUGUUCUGUUCAACUUGAAUCCUCGGCUGCAUUAAUGGGAAUUUAUUAUAUGUUUUCCCGUGUGUGUGUCAUGAGACAUAUUUUAUUAUGUAUAUAACUAUCUACAUAAUCUGCCAAGUUGUUAGUACUAUUAUAGGCAAAUGACAUUAUUAACAUCAGAAAACUGAUUUAUGGUAAAUGUCUUACAUAAGCUGUACUUAUUAAUUUCAUCAUUCACACAAUGCAUUCAAAGAGAACAUGUUACAAUUCAUUUUAAUUGAGGCUUUUCAUUUUCUUCUUUUUGUCCAUUUUAUCAAGUGAACCUCAAAAUACAAGAUCAAUUGUCUUUCUAGAAAUGUUUCUGAGAAUAAAAUGGAGAAAUAGUACUGUUGUUAAACUUUCAUCCUGUAAAGUUUUGAAAAGUGGGAGUAUUUCAAUCCUCUAGCCAGUAAGUUCCAUCCAUGUGUCUAACCUACUCGUAAUACUUUAAAUGAUUGAUUACUGAACGAAAUGUAAUGAUAUGUUUAAAUACCUCCGGAACAAGACCCAUACAUCCUCACUUAAUAGAACUUUCAGAAACUACUGUGCAUAAUAUUUUGUUACAUGUAAUACAUAUGUGAAAAUAUAAAAUGAAAUUUUAUUGUGAUAUUUUAUGAAACACUCUUCAGUAAAGAGCCAUGCACAAGUCUUGAGACCAACAUGCCAUCUCCUUCCUCUUUCCUCUCUUAUUAUUGCACACUGUGUGCCAUCUUUAUGGGUUUAUUCUCUUCAGUUCAUGGAAUAACCUCCAUGAAGGAUCUUUCUGUGAGAUGUUCACAUUUUCUGUAUUUGUCUGUGAAACAAUGUUACAUAUACCAAAACGAUCAUCAUUCACAGUGAUGAACAACUUUGUACAGAGUUACGUAUUUGUUUCCUUUUGCCUGUGGAAUAAAGUUGAAGUUUCGGAUCAAUUAGACUUUUUUGCCUGGGAAAAAAGAAAAACUAAAUUCACUGAUCAGUGUAGAUUAUCUUGCUUUCUUUAGAACCAGUUGCAACACAUUAUUAUGGAGCACUUACGUAAAGAGCACGUAUGUUGUCCACCCAUUUCAGCAUUAUUAAUACUUAGUUUACACUUCUCUAAUUACUGCCCAUUUGUACAAUAUGGGCGAUGUGAAGCGAGGCUUUUGAGUUCUUUAGAUUGUGUCAUUGGGAAUAAAUUGCGUUACUGCCUCUGCAAAACCACCUGCGCAAUUUACAAAUUGCCAUAGAUAGGAAAUGUGCUUCUUAGUAUUCCUUUCCCUAAAGUAAAUGAUUCAUGAAUCAUUGGGGUGAAAGGAGUGGAAAAGAAACAGGAUGUAAAAACCCGAGUCCUCUGCUUCUCUAGAAUAGUUGCCUUAACCACCUCGAUGAUCCAGAUAUUCUUUCCGUCAACCCAAAUCCCCAACUUCCCACUCACUGUACCACAAGGGCCCCCACCCAUUAACCCCCUGCUCUCAGGUUUCUGAUUGCCAUAGGAGUGCAGACAUUAUUUUUGCAUCCACAUUGAAACUAUUUCAUCAAACGGCCUUUGUAGCUAUAGAAUUAUAGAUACAAAUGGUGUCUGUUCUGUCAGACAUGUCCAGUAGGAGUUGGGACAUUAACCCUGAUGCGCUGCUUCUGUAGAACAGUUGCCUUAACUGCCUCAGCCAUCUGGACACACUUUCCAUCAGAAUCCAAUUGCUGACCUCCCACUUGUCGCACCACAAUAAUCCCCAGACAUUAACGCCAGAUGUAAAGCUUGUCUAGAUGGCUGAGGAGGUUAAGGGAACCCUUCUAGAGAAGCAGAGCAUCUCAGUUAGAGGCCCAGUCUGGUAUAGGUUUUCAGCUCUCACCAUUACAUUGAUGUAGUUCCCUGUGCUGCUGGAAGUCAUUAUUUUCUUUUCAUUUUUUCACACCAACUAAUUAUAUAUAUCUCCCAGCUGUUUCAGCCGGCCGCGGUGGUCUCGCGGUUCUAGGCGCGCAGUCCGGAACCGUGAGACUGCUACGGUCGCAGGUUCGAAUCCUGCCUCGGGCAUGGAUGUGUGUGAUGUCCUUAGGUUAGUUAGGUUUAAUUAGUUCUAAGUGCUAGGGGACUGAUGACCACAGCAGUUGAGUCCCAUAGUGCUCAGAGCCAUUUGAACCAGCUGUUUCAUUGUGAGUGGUGUUUGUGAUUCUGCAGCAGUAAUAUUUUCUCUGUUGUAAACACCGUGAAGCAUGUAUUAAAAGUUUAAUAACAGAUAUGAGUCAGAAUAA